AAAUGUUGCUCCUUCCAUUUGCCCUUUGCUCACCCAAAACCCAGCUGAAUGCCUUUGCAUUUGCCUUCCUCACCCCUUCCUUGUGGCAAGGGAACAGACAGGGUCACUCCAGGCCCUUUGGUCCUGUUUUCUUUGAUGCUACACCUUCACUGCACACCGUAUGGAUGGAGCAGGCCUCAAAGAAGGCAGAGCAAUCUAGCCACAAUAGAGCUGUGCAUUGGCUAAUCCACCCUGCGAGACUGCACAGGGAGGAGAUUGUACUUAUCAGGGCUAAAAUUUAGCAGAAUUACCACAAGCCCCUGUGGUUUGUGCCAGGUGCCACCAGAUAACGUUGACUCUUCUACAGAAGCACAAAUAAACCUCAAGGAGACAGAAAAGAUGUCACAGGGCUUUUUACCGGUCUGAUAGAUGGAUGCUCGUGGACAAAUCUGCUCAUCUUUGGGGAGCUGUGUGCAUAGUUCUGAAGGAGGAACUUCAUUCAGAGCACAUCAGGGAGGAGCUGGCUUCUGACCCAGCUGCUGGGGCCGAAAAUGAGAGCUCAGCACAGCGUUGCUUCACUUUGGAUGUAAACAGUCCAAAAUGGCACUAGGCAGCCUGGAUGUGAUCUAUAUCACCAUGGAGUCUGUCAUUGGGAUAGCUGCGGUGGUGGGCAAUGCCUUGGUGAUCUGGGCAGUGAAGCUGAACCCAGCUCUGCAGAAGACCACCUUCUUCUACAUCGUUUCCCUGGCCCUCAGUGACAUUGCCAUGGGGAUCCUUGUCAUGCCGCUGGCUGUCAUAGUGAGCCUCGGAGUUGUCACCCAUUUCUACUCCUGCCUCUUCAUGUGCUGCCUCAUGAUGAUCUUCUCUCAUGCCUCCAUCCUGUCUCUCCUGGCCAUUGCAGUCGACAGGUACUUGCGAGUGAAGCUGCCGACCAGGUACAGGGCAGCCGUCACCAAGAAAAGGAUCUGUGUGAGCCUGGCACUCUGCUGGCUUGUGUCUGUGCUGGUGGGGCUGGUCCCCAUGCUGGGAUGGAACCGGCACACGGGCAGCUCCAGCUACAUCGAGUGUCACUAUCUGGCUGUGAUGAGGAUGGAUUAUGUGGUGUAUUUCAGCUUCUUCGCCUGGAUCCUCCUUCCCUUGCUCCUCAUGUGUGCGCUCUACGCCGAGAUUUUCUAUAUCAUGUGGGCAAAGCUAAGCCCCAGCUCAGCAAGUGUGGAAACAGCUUGUGGGAAGGAGUACGAAAUGGCCAAGUAUCUGGCCCUCAUCCUCCUCUUGUUUGCAGCAUCUUGGCUGCCUCUGGGCAUCCUGAACUGCGUUUCCUACUUCUGCCCCUCCUGCAGCACCCCGCAGGCUCUGACCUACCUGAGCAUCCUGCUGUCCCACUCCAACUCAGCCAUGAACCCCGUCGUCUAUGCCUUCAAAAUCCAGAAGCUCAAGGAAACGUACGUUUUCAUUCUGAGGAAUUACAUCCUGCCCCAGAAGGCAGAGUCCGCUCUUUCCAGUGUACAGCAAACAGAGCAGGGAGCGAGCAGCAUCUGAGCUCUCCAGGCUGGGUCAACUGAUGGGAGCAACCAGAGAGGGGUGGACAUGGCACAGACACUGA